CCGUUGAACCCUGUACCCUGCCCAGAGCAAGAUGUGUCAUCGGCAGUUGGUCACCUCCUGGUUCUCCCUGGUUUUGCUAGCAUCUCCCCUGGUGGCCAUAUGGGAACUGGAGAGAGAUGUUUAUGUAGUAGAGUUGGAUUGGUACCCUAACGCCCCUGGAGAGAUGGUGGUCCUCACCUGCGACACCCCUGAAGAAGAUGGCAUCACCUGGACCUCGGACCGGAGCAGUAAAGUCUUAGGCUCUGGCAAAACCCUGAGCAUCCAAGUCAGAGAGUUCACAGAUGCUGGCCGCUACACCUGUCAUAAGGGAGGCAAGGCUCUGAGCCGUUCGCUCCUGCUGCUUCACAAAAAGGAAGAUGGAAUUUGGUCCACUGAUAUUUUACAGGACCAGAAAGAACCUAAAAAUAAGACCUUUCUAAAAUGUGAAGCCAAGAAUUAUUCUGGACGUUUCACCUGCUGGUGGCUGACAGCAAUCAGCACUGAUUUGAAAUUCAGUGUCAAAAGCAGCAGAGGCUCCUCUGACGCCCAAGGGGUGACAUGCGGACUCCCUGCAGAGAGCGACCACGGAGAGUACAAGAAGUACUCGGUGGAGUGUCAGGAGGACAGUGCCUGCCCAGCGGCAGAGGAAACCCUGCCCAUCGAGGUCGUGGUUGAAGCUGUCCACAAGCUCAAGUAUGAGAACUACAGCAGCAGCUUCUUCAUCAGGGACAUCAUCAAACCGGAUCCACCCAAGAACCUGCAGCUGAAACCACUGGGUUCGGGGAAUGUGGAGGUCAGCUGGGAGUACCCCGACUCCUGGAGCACUCCACAUUCCUACUUCUCCCUGAGAUUUGUUGUUCAGGUCCAGGGCAAGAGCAAGAGAGAAAAGAAAAAUACAGUCUCCACAGACAAGACCUCAGCCACGGUCACCUGCCCAAAGCAGGCCAGAGUGCACGUGAAAGCCCAGGACCGCUACUAUAGCUCAUCUUGGAGUGAUUGGGCAACUGUGUCCUGCAGUUAGGUGCUGAUCCUAGGGUGAAACCUUGGAGGAAAAGUGGGAGA